AUGGCACGGAUAUCCGCUACGGUUCACCCGCAGGUUGCUGCUCCUUGUUUUCCUUAUAAGCAGCAACAGCAAGCUUUCUUUUCGUCGGACACGCACGACGACUUUGCUCCCAAACGCAAGGCUGUCAGUGGAGAAGAGGAGGCCUUGAAAAUGAUUAAAGAGCAUGUGGAUAGCAACCGAGUGAUGUUGUAUAUGAAGGGUAAUCCAAGUAUGCCCAUGUGUGGUUUUUCUGCCAAGGUGGUGCAAGUUUUGCAAAGCGAGGGAGUUGACUUCUCCUCGGUUAACAUUUUAGAUUACCCCGCGAUCAGGGAAGGAAUCAAGAAGUUUAGUGAAUGGCCGACGAUCCCUCAGUUGUAUGUGAACGGUGAAUUUAUUGGUGGAUGCGAUAUUGUUUUGGCCAUGCACGAAUCCGGAGAAUUGAAAGAUCUUCUUACCGAGGAGGAAAAGUGA